AUGGAAAGACUUGCCGUCGAUGCUGCAAAAUACCAACAGAGGACAGACGCAUCAAUACAGGAGUUAACUAAUCAAGUUAGUAAACUCUCGAUGGCAGUUAAUCGUUUGGAAUCUCAAGGUAAAUUACCGUCCCAGACAGAACCGAAUCCUAGGCUGAAUGUAAGUGCGAUAACUCUUCGUAGUGAAAAAGUUCUAGACAAAUCCCUCGCUAUGCAAAAUUUCUCAAGGAAUUGUGCACUAGCAAGAGGAGGUAAUGUAGGCAUUAAGAAAGCCAUGUGUGAUUUAGGGGCUUCCAUUAAUGUUAUGUCUUAUCAUAUUUAUAAGUUGAUUAACGUGGGUCAUUUGAAAAAGACAGGAGUAAUAAUCCAGUUGGCGGACAGGUCAGUCAUCUAUCCCGAAGGGUUACUUGAAGACGUCCUUGUUAAAGUUAACGAAUUAGUUUUCCCUGCAGAUUUCUACAUUAUUAAUAUGGAGGACGAUAACUCAACUAAUUCGUCUGACAUUAUGCUUGGAAGACCAUUCCUAAGUACCGCAAGCGCAAAAAUUGAUGUUCAGAGCGGAACAUUGACAAUGGAGUUUGAUGGCGAAAUCGUAAAAUUCAAUGUCUACGAAGCCAUGAGUCAUCCUAACUCAUUAUCAAAUAUUUCCAGUAUCGAUAGUAUAGAUUGUUUAACUCAAAAUUAUUCUAAAUAUCAUGACUUAGAUAAGUUGGAAACUGUCCUUUACAGAAACAUUGACAUGGAUGCUUUAAGUCGUCUCGAAGAAUUAUCAAUUAUAGAAGAUCCGUUGCGAGAAAUUGUCAAACACUUGGAGAAGUAG